CGCGGCGGAAGCCGGUCCGGUUGACGGCGGCGCAUGCGCUGUGUAGCGGCCGCGCUCGCACGCAGCGGCCGAGCGUUGCUGGCGGGGCGCUGCCCGUCGCCCGCCCUCGCCUCAGCCGCCGCCACCAUGCCCGGCAGGAACAAGGGGACUUCCGGCUAUGGCUGCCCGGAGGCACCGGCGGGGCAGCAGCCCGGGGAGAGCGGCAGCGACGCCAGAGGCCGCUUGCCUCACACCGAGGAGGACGAGGAAGACCGCGGUGGCGGCUGCUCCAACCUCGGCGACCCCGACAUCGUGAAGUCCCCCAGCGACCCUAAGCAGUACCGGUAUAUCAAGCUGCAGAAUGGCUUGUGUGCACUUCUGAUUUCGGAUUUGCAUUACUUGGAUGGUGCUCCGGCUGCAUUAUCUUCAGAGGAGGAGACAGAGGAAGACAAUGAAGAUGAUAGUGAAUCUGAAGAGGAGAGUGAUGAAGAUGAUGACUCUGGAGCUGAGAUCGAAGAUGGCAGAGAAGGUUUUGAUGAGGAGGACUGUGAUGAGGGGGAUGAGACUGAGGACAAUGGUAGAGAUAAUGAUGAUUUUGAUGAUGCUGAUGACAGUGAAUUAGAAGAGCUGGCUGAAGAGAUAAGGAAGAGAGGCUGUACAGAGAAGCAGUCUGCAGCAGCCCUCUGCAUUGCUGUUGGCAGCUUCUCUGAUCCUGAAGAUCUACCUGGAUUAGCCCACUUCCUGGAACAUAUGGUUUUUAUGGGCAGUUUGAAGUACCCAGAUGAGAAUGGGUUUGAUGCAUUUCUGAAGAAACAUGGUGGAAGCGAUAAUGCUUCAACUGAUUGUGAGCGGACAGUCUUCCAGUUUGAUGUUCAGAGGAAGUAUUUCAAAGAAGCACUUGAUAGGUGGGCACAGUUCUUCAUUCACCCACUCAUGAUCAGGGACGCAAUAGACCGGGAAGUUGAGGCUGUCGACAGCGAGUAUCAGCUUGCAAGACCCUCUGAUUCAAACAGAAAGGAGAUGCUGUUUGGGAGUCUUGCCAGGCCUGGGCAUCCUAUGAAGAAAUUUUUUUGGGGUAAUGCAGAUACACUUAAGCAUGAGCCUAAAAUGAAGAAUAUUGAUACCUACACCAGACUGAGAGAAUUCUGGCAGCGCCAUUACUCUGCUCACUAUAUGACUUUAGUCGUCCAAUCUAAAGAAACACUUGAUACAUUGGAGAAGUGGGUAACAGAAAUCUUCUCGGAGAUCCCAAAUAAUGGUUUACCCAAACCCUGCUUUGGCCACCUGACUCAGCCUUUUGACACACCAGAAUUUCACAAGCUUUACAGAGUUGUUCCAGUCAGGAAAGUUCACUCAUUGAGUAUCACUUGGGCGCUUCCACCACAAGAACAGUAUUACAGAGUGAAGCCUCUUCAUUAUAUUUCCUGGUUGGUGGGACAUGAAGGCAAAGGCAGCGUUCUUUCUUUCCUUAGGAAAAAAUUUUGGGCUCUUGCAUUAUAUGGAGGAAAUGAUGAGACAGGAUUUGAACAGAACUCCACUUACUCCAUCUUCAGCAUUUCUGUGAUUUUGACUGAUGAAGGUUACAAGCACUUCUAUGAGGUGGCCCAUGUUGUAUUCCAGUAUGUGAAAAUGCUGCAGCAAACAGGGCCAGAUAAAAGAAUAUGGGAAGAAAUCCAGAAGAUUGAAGCUAAUGAAUUUCACUACCAGGAACAGACAGAUCCGGUUGACUAUGUGGAAGGCCUUUGUGAGAACAUGCAGAUGUUUCAGAAGGAGGAUUUUCUGACAGGAGACCAGCUCUUGUUUGAAUACAAGCCUGAGAUCAUUGCAGAUGCCCUCAACCAGCUCAGUCCUCAGAGAGCCAACCUCGUUCUGCUGUCUGCUGCCAAUGAAGGCCAGUGUCAUCUAAAAGAGCGGUGGUUUGGAACGCAGUACAGUGUGGAAGAUAUUGACAAGUUCUGGAGUGAUUUAUGGGCCAGUGACUUUGAGUUAAAUCAGGAUUUACACCUUCCAGAAGAAAACAAAUACAUCGCCACUGACUUUGCUUUGAAAGUUGCUGAUUGCCCGGAGACAGAAUAUCCAGUCAAAACACUAAGCACACAACAAGGCUCUCUCUGGUACAGGAAGGAUGAUAAAUUCAAAAUCCCCAAAGGUUAUGUUCGUUUCCAUCUGAUCUCUCCAUUGAUACAGCAAUCUGCAGUGAACAUAGUUUUGUUUGAUACAUUUGUAAACAUCCUUGCCCACAAUCUUGGUGAACCAGCUUAUGAAGCAGACGUCGCUCAGUUGGAAUAUAAGCUAGUAGCUGGAGAGCACGGCUUAGUCAUUCGAGUGAAAGGAUUCAAUCAUAAACUACCUCUUCUAUUUCAGCUCAUCAUUGAUUACUUGUCUGACUUCAGCUUUACGCCAGCAGUUUUUGAAAUGAUAACAGAACAGCUGAAGAAAACAUACUUCAACAUCCUCAUCAAACCCGAGACUCUGUCCAAGGAUGUGCGUCUCCUGAUUUUAGAACAUGGCAGGUGGUCCAUGAUAGAUAAAUACCAGACGCUGAUGAACGGCCUUUCCAUUGAGUCUCUUUCAUCCUUUGUUAAGGCUUUCAAAUCACAGCUCUUUGUAGAGGGUCUCGUACAAGGAAACUUCACGAGCAGAGAAGCAAAGGAUUUUCUGAAUUACGUUGUUCAAAAGCUCCAGUUUGUUCCCCUGGUCCAUCCGUGCCCUGUUCAGUUCCGAGUGGUGGAUUUGCCAAAUGCGCAUCUGCUUUGUAAAGUGAAAACUCUCAACAAAGGUGAUGCCAACUCUGAAGUGACCGUGUAUUACCAGUCAGGUGCCAGGAACCUAAGGGAAUACACCCUUAUGGAGCUGCUUGUGAUGCACAUGGAAGAGCCUUGCUUUGACUUCCUGAGAACCAAGCAGACCCUCGGCUACCACGUGUACCCUACCUGCAGGAACACUUCUGGGAUUCUUGGCUUCUCAGUCACAGUGGCAACUCAGGCAACGAAAUACAAUUCUGAAUUGGUCGACAAGAAAAUAGAGGAGUUUCUUUCUUGCUUUGAAGAGAAAAUCAAGCUUUUAACUGAAGAUGCUUUCAACACCCAGGUUACAGCUUUGAUAAAACUUAAGGAAUGUGAAGACUCCCAUCUUGGAGAAGAAGUAGACAGGAACUGGAAUGAAGUUGUGACACAGCAUUAUCUCUUUGACAGGCUCGCCCGGGAGAUUGAAGCGCUGAAGUCCAUUACAAAAUCGGACCUGGUCACCUGGUUCCAAGCACACAGAAGCAACAUGAGGAAAGUGCUCAGCGUACAUGUGGUUGGAUAUGGAAAACACGAAGGGGACUCAGAGCUUACAGCUGGCUCACAAGUACAGAACUCUUCAUCUGGUGAAAUACCUCAUCUUAUUUUCUUGCCCCACUCAUCUUUGAUGACUGAUGUUGUUUCCAUCAAGGACAUCAAAGUGUACACAUCAACUCUGAAUGUUCUCCCUUACCAUAAAAUAUUAAAAUAAAGCCGACCUCAUGCCCCGCAGUGCCGUGUGAUACAGGUGCUUUCUGCAACACGAACAUUAUAAACCUAUUUUUAUCAUUACAGACCUAUUUUUUAGGGCCAUAGUGCUAGCUGGGAUGGAGAUGUCCAUAUGGGUACUGAGGAAGCUUUCAGCCAGCCUUUUUCAUUCAUCUCCCAAGUUCAUUAAGCCUCGGCCCAGCCCUUGCUUGUAGCUGGGUGAAGGGAGUGGUUCCCCCAAGGAAGAUGCCCCGUUCUCAUCGCUGGCUGCCUGAAGGCCUGCGCUGCGCCUUUUUCUUCAGACCAUCUCGUCCAUCGUUGGGGCAGUGCUGCAGCUCUUGCUUAGCAGCAGUCACAGCUGCUCCGAGGAAGCAUUCUGCACUUCUCCCACAGGAGUUGUCGUGGGUGGAGGGGGAGGAAAACCUGCGGCUUCACUCUCAUCCUGGUUUUAGUUUUUCUGUAUGUGCAACACCAACAAAAUUGAGAUGAAAUCAAAUAAAAGCCAGAUUGAACCGUGGAAAGGAAAAUAGUCGGACUGCUCCAUCUAGCUGCUUACUCAGCCAUUAUUUAACUUCAAGCAAAAGCACAGAAAUGCAAAGAUGGCCCUGGUGCUGGCACACUAGUUGAGGCAAGGCUGGAUGUAGAGUCCAGAAAAAUUCUACUGCAGGUGCUGCAAAUUCUGCUCCUUUUGCAGUUCGUGAACUACUUCAAGAAGCAGA